GACAUCAUCAGUAAUACGGACAAGAUGGAUGUCAUUUCUCGACCAGAACUGUUUGAUUUCCACGGAGUCUGCAUGACUCACUAUUUCACAGACAACUGGGAGAAGAUUCAAAACUUCCAGGCCAGGCCAGAUGAUAUACUUAUUGAUUCCUACCCUAAAGCAGGAUGCACCUGGCUCUCCUACAUCCUUGACCUGCUGUGUCAUGAGCAGACAUCCAUCCCUUUGUUUCAAAGGGUGCCAAACUUGGAGAUCGCCGUCCCUUCUCUGCAGAAAGGUAUUAUUUAUGUGGCCCGCAAUGCAAAGGACAGCGUGGUGUCUUAUUUCCAUUACGACUACAUGAGCAAAAUCCAACCGGAGCCUGGAGACUGGAGCUGCUACCUUCAGAGAUUCAUGGAGGGAAAGGUGGCGUUUGGAUCCUGGUACGACCAUGUGAACGGCUGGUGGGAGAAGAAACAGAGUUAUCCAAAACUCCAUUACAUGUUCUACGAAGAUCUGAUUGAGGACACCGGGCGGGAAAUAGACAAACUCUGCUGCUUUCUUGGUUUGUCUCCUUCAGCUGAAGAAAAGGAAAGAAUUACAAGCAGUGUGCAGUUUGAUGUUAUGAAAAAGAACAACACGGUCAACCUUUCAACGGUUCCGAUGUAUUUCAAAAGGCCUUCUUUCAUGAGGAAAGGGAAGGUUGGGGACUGGAGGAACCAUUUUACCGUGACGCAGGAUGAAAAGUUUGAUGCGGACUACAAGCUAAAAAUUAAGAACACUACACUGCAGUUUCGUACUGGAAUUUAGAGGCUGUGCAUGUCCUGAACUGGGAUUUGUCUGAUAAUGUUGAUGUCACAAGUUA